AUGGAGGACGCCGACUCGGCGGCGAAGCAGCUGGGCUUAGCAGAGGCGGCGGCAGUGGCGGCGGCAGCCGCAGUGGCGGCGGCGGCGGCUGCGGCGGCCGCGGAAGGACCCGAGCAGCAGCAGCAGCAGCCGCCGCAAGCGGCGGCCUCGGAGUCGGAGGCGGAGCCGGAGCCCGAGGAGGAGGAGGAGGCGGCGGCGCAGGUGACGGCGGUGACAGUGAUGGCGGCAGAGGCCGAGCACAUCGAGAUGGGAGCCGAGCCCCUGCCGAGCGCCGACGAGGCCGCCGCCGCCUUCGCAGAAGUCACCACAGUGACAGUAGCCAACGUUGGUGCCUCCGCAGACAAUGUUUUCACUACAUCUGUGGCAAAUGCAGCUUCAAUUUCAGGCCAUGUGUUGUCUGGGAGAACAGCCCUCCAAAUUGGGGACAGCUUGAAUACUGAAAAAGCCACUCUCAUAGUGGUUCACACAGACGGCAGCAUUGUAGAAACUACAGGGUUGAAGGGGCCGUCAGCACCUCUCACACCAGGACCGCAAUCUCCUCCUACCCCUUUAACAUCCGUCCAAGAAAAAACUGGAACCAAGUAUAACUGGGACCCCUCUGUGUAUGAGAAUGAGCUCCCAGUGAGGUGCCGGAAUAUCAGUGGCAUUCUGUAUAAAAACAGACUUGGCUCAGGAGGCCGUGGUAGGUGCAUUAAGCAAGGGGACAACUGGUACAGCCCCACUGAAUUUGAAGCUAUGGCGGGACGAGCCAGCAGCAAAGACUGGAAGAGGAGCAUCCGCUAUGCUGGGAGGCCACUGCAGUGCCUUAUUCACGAUGGGAUUUUAAAUCCUCAUGCUGCCUCUUGUACUUGUGCUGCUUGCUGCGACGACAUGACUCUGAGUGGCCCUGUGCGACUCUUUGUACCAUAUAAAAGGCGAAAAAAAGAAAAUGAAAUGCCUGCAACUCCUGUGAAGAAGGAUUGCCCCAAAAACAUCACUCUGCUUCCUGCCACAGCUGCUACUACAUUCACCGUGACUCCUUCUGGACAGAUCACUACCUCCGGUGCUCUGACAUUUGACCGUGCAUCGACAGUGGAAGCCACAGCAAUUAUCUCGGAAAGUCCGUCCCAGGGUGAUGUUUUCACUGGAGCCACUGUUCAGGAUACCAAUGUCCAGCAGCCUUGCCGGGUCAGUCACCCAGAACCUCACUACCCAAGUUACCAGGACAACUGCCAGAUUUCACCUUUUCCUGAAGCUGCACUGCCAACAUCUCAUCCCAAAAUUGUGUUAACCUCACUCCCUGCCCUGGCGGUGCCCCCCACGACCCCCACCAAAGCCAUAUCCCCUUCGGUGGUGAAUGGGCUGGAAGUGACGGAGCAGCGGAGCUGGCUGUACUUGGAAGAGAUGGUCAAUUCAUUGCUUAACACUGCCCAGCAGCUGAAGACUCUCAUUGAACAGGCCAAACAGGCCAGCUCCUCCUUCCGCGAGGCUGCUGUCACGCAAGCAAAAAUUCAAGCUGAUGUGGAGAGGAAAGAGCAGUCCUGUGUCAACUGCGGUCGUGAGGCAACGAAUGAAUGCACAGGAUGCCAUAAAGUCAACUACUGCUCCACUUUCUGCCAGCGGAAGGACUGGAAGGACCACCAGCAUAUCUGCGGCCAGUCGGCCGCAGUGACGGUGCAAGCAGACGAGGUGCACGUCACGGACAGCGUAAUGGAGAAAGUCACCGUCUGAGCACAUCUACCUCUUCAACCGUUCAUGGACAACCUGGUGCGGCCGGCUGGAUCGGCAACCCGGUAUGAACGGUCUGUCCUUUACAAACCACGGUCU